AAGAGAGUCCAAGAAAGUGCGCUGUUUCGGAUAAGUUUGUGUGAAAGUGCCAUAUUUUUUGGAAUAAGGAUAUUAAAAAAAAUUAAAAUCUCAUAAAAAGAGGUGAAAAAAUGCCAAUAAGCGAAGACGAAAUCGACUACAAUAGAUCUCGAGAACCGCAAUCGACCAUGUCGAAAGCGGAAUUAAGAAAAACGCACAAGCCCAUAAUGGAAAAACGGCGACGGGCCAGGAUCAAUCACUGCUUGAACGAAAUCAAAACUUUAAUUCUCGAAGCCAUGAACAAAGAUCCCUCUCGGCAUACAAAACUAGAGAAAGCCGACAUCCUGGAAAUGGCCGUGAAGCAUCUCCAGAACGUCCAGCGGCAACAGCUGGCCCUCUCCAUGGCCUCCGAUCCAUCGGUAAUGCGGAAAUUCAAGACGGGCUUCGACGAAUGCGCCUCGGAAAUCGACAGAUACAUGAACCGAAUCGACGGGCUGGACACCACCAUGAAGCUGCGCGUCGCCAACCACCUGAGGAAGUGCAUCGGCGGUAUAGAGCAAGUGGCCCAAUUUUCCGUUGCUGGUUUCGGGAAUUUAUCGUUGGUAUCCAGCAGCGGGGGAGCCUCCACGCAAUCCCUAGGUGCCCCAGCUGGUGAUCACAACAACAACCCUAGGAUCCAAAUACCGCAAGGCAUCCAGCUGAUACCUAGCCGGCUGCCCACCGGCGAAUUAGCGCUGUUAGUGCCGAACUCCCGGCAUAUAAACUUCUUCCCGUCGAACUCGAGGUCUAGCGCCUUCGCCGCCGUGGUGCCCUCUUCCACCGAAGUCUCCACCAAGCUGAGUCCACCGGUGAGCCCAACUGCUACCGAGGAACAUCGGUUAAGAAGCGAUUCUCCUAGGGGGUUCCGACCGGUCGUGCCCGCCAAAUCGCUCUACACCGAAGAGCACCAAGUGCCUCAAAUUUCCUCCACCGUUAUCCAACCGCCUGAAGUCAAAACUCUUAAGUUUCCGAUCAGCAGGAAAUUGGAGUCGCCUCGCAAACUGGCCGAGCCGCUUUGCAUCAUCACCAACCAAUCGGAGAGGUACAGGCAAGCCAGGGCGGCGGAGGACUCCGUGGCCUACGAGGAGAACGUCCAAGUGCAAGGCGUGAAGAGGAAGUACCCGGACGGGCAAGGUUUGCUGGCUGUUGUCGGUGAGCAGUACCAUCCUACCGCUCCGAAAAUCGUGAAGACUCAGUUGAUUACCGUCGAUUGCCAGUCGACCUCCGGCUCGGACGGUGCUAAAGAGGAGUCGCCGAAGAAGAAUGCGAAUUGUGAACCCUCCAGUGAUAUGUGGAGGCCUUGGUGACUGAUGGAAUUGAAUUGUGGCAGUUUCGUAUGCUGCGAAAGUGAUAUGCAAAAGAUCGAAAAAAUUGGAGUCAAUCGAUUUGAUUUAAACGUUAAUUGUGCCUUUUUAUUAUGUGUUAGAGAUUUGUUUAAUUUCUAUGAUUAGUUAUAGACUAUUUAACGGAUCGUUAAAUUAAUUCAUCUGCUUGUUAACGAAAAUUAACAUGGGAGGUAUUAACGCAGCACGAUUUUUGACUAUAGUUUUUAGGCAAAUUAAUAAAUAAUAGUGAUACAAUGACUCGUAUUCAGCGCUUAUUUUAACUAUUUGGUAUAUUCGUUUUAUAAUGGUUAUUUCACUAAAGAUAAACAAAAUUAAGUAAUCUAAAUAUCUAAAGAAUGUUUAAACUUUUAAAAAGUGUGCUAAAUACGUGAAAUUGUGAGGUAGUAUAAUUUAUAGAGGCUGAUAAACACUGUGAUUAUUAAUAUUAAUUACUAAUGUUUGUAAACGUAAACGCUCAAUUCAAGCUUUAAUAAUAUAGAGUAUAUAGAGUACAAAAAUGGUCGUGUAUCUGAGUUUGAAUGACAAUUUUUGUUUUUUUUUGUACUUUCUAUAUCUAUAUGUAACAAUUAAUUCAUGGUAGAUAAAUGUUAAGGAUAAAUGGAAUCUAAAUCGAAUUACGAAUGAAUGUGUGCCUACAUAAUUAGAAUUGAUUAGUUUUAAAUAAAAAAAUGUUAUAUUUUAC